AUGGCCAUGGUGACUCCCAUCGGUCCUCCGAGCACAGAGCAAGUGCUAGCUGCAAUCCAGCAAUUGUAUCAACCAACAAGUGACAAGACCAAACAACGCGAAGCUAGUGUAUGGCUCGAAGACUUCCAAAAGACGGCUUCGGCGUGGGCUGUAGCUGAUGCCUUGCUGAGAUCACCAUCUGUAGGACUGGAAGCGCAUACUUUCGCUGGACAGACAUUUAGGCAAAAGAUUGUGUAUGACUUGGAGCAAUUACCAUCAGAUUCACGUGCUUCGUUACGUGAUUCCAUUGUCUCGCUGCUCCAUACCUAUCGUCAAGCUCCACGAAGUUUGACAACACAGCUGUGUCUAGCAUUGGCUGACUUGGCCAUACAGUAUCUCGAAUGGACGGACCCUGUGGGACAGAUGAUGAGCACGUACGGAUCUGAUCCUGAAAUGGUUGCUGUCUUGUUGGAUUUUUUGAGUGUCUUGCCUGAAGAGCUGUUUGAGAACAUCAAAAUCCCGAUAGAGAAGGACGAUUUCAAGAAUAGACAGGAUUCGCUGCUGACUCAUAAAUCUAAGGAUGUCUUGUCGCUGCUUCUGGUAUACGCUCAAACUCCGGCAAUGACGAAUGGAAUGAAGCAACGAAUGUUUUCAUGCUUGUGCUCAUGGCUAAGAUUUGGAGAAGUCGAUGUUGCAACGAUAGUAGGAACACCUAUAAUAGACUAUGCCUUUGGCGCUCUGCAAAUAGAAGAGCUAUUCGACGUGGCCGCAGACGUCAUUUGUGAGAUUGUAAACCGAUCCGUCGCAUCCAAUAUAAAAGAUACAGUCACCCCGUCUAUAGUGGCAAAUAGCAUGUAUCCGAGACUGUUGGCACUACACCCCAUGCUGGACGAAUCUAUAAAAGAAGAAGAUACUGAAAAGAUAAAGACCUUGACACGAAUCUUUGCAGAUGCUGGAGCAGCCUACGUUGAGCAAAUGAUGCUCAACCCACAGCCAUUUGCUGGAUUGAUAGAGGCCAAUAUCAUAUGUACAGCUAUAGACGACUUGGAGGUAGUACGUGUGACCUUCCCAUUCUGGUAUCACUUGUCGGAAAUGGUCAUCAUGGAACAAUAUGCAGCAGCACGUACGUUCCUCAUACCGACAUACAUAAGGUUGACUGAUAUUAUGAUCAAGCAUUUAAAGUAUCCGUCGGAUCUGGGUAGAUGGACGGCACUAGAACGAGACGAAUUUCGAGAUUUUCGCCAUGUAAUGGGCGAUGUCUUGAAGGAUUGUGUACGAGUAGUAGGAGAAGGGCCAGCGCUGGCGCGACCUCAUGCCAUGCUCAAAGGAUUUAUGUUGACAUCAACUCAGGGCGGAGAUCAACCACCCACUCUAGAUCCAUCCAUACCGUGGCAAUCUAUAGAAGCACCAUUAUUCGCAUUACGAACUAUGGGUACCUGCAUAUCUCACACUGAAAACGUAUAUUUGCCUGAAAUCAUGUCAUGGUUGCCACAACUGCCCUCCCACUCAAAAGUGAAGUAUGCUGCCAUACUGGUUAUUGGUCGCUAUGCUGAGUGGACCCGUCUACAUCCGAAUUACAUACCGUAUCAGCUGAACUUUAUAAGUAAAGGAUUCGAUGAUGCUGAGAGUACAGCUGCUGCCGCUCAAGCCAUGAAAUUCUUGUGCGAGUCAUGUGGAGUUUUGCUAGUAGACUAUCUGAAUGAAUUACAUCCCUUUUAUAAUCAGCUCAUGACACGUCUUGAUCGAUCUGAUCGACGAGACGUGGCUGAAGCUAUAGGUCAUGUUAUUGCUGCUGUACCACUAGCUCGACUCUUGGAAGUAUUACAGUCAUUUUGUCUACCCGUCGCCCAACAAUUACACUCAGUCGCCAUGAUGGGUCGACCAGCAAAUGAUCCGGAUGCUGAAGUAAAGAUUAUAUUAGCAGCUGAAGAUCAACUAGACGUCCUCACAGUCUUCUUCCAAGUCGUAAAGCCAUCUGCAGAAAUACCGCCGAAUACACCACAUCCACUAGUAAUCUUAUUAUCAGACUUGUGGCCUGUGAUUAAAGCCCUGUUUGAUAACUACAAGGGCACACGUCUAUCCGAAGCUCUAUGUAGACUGCUACGACACGCUAUUGAAUCAUGUAAAUAUCAUAUAGCUGCUCUGACUCCUCAAAUACUGGAUGUACUGUAUACUGCUUAUGAUGAGACGGGUCUGGCUUGUUAUUUAUGGGUGGCUAAAGCUUGUACUGCCAAUUUGGGAAAUCCGGAUACUCCAGAAGGAAGGGCAGUGUUUGCUAUGAUUGAACGUAUGGCUGUGACCACAUUACGAGUCUUGAGUGCUGCUUCUCCCAAUAUUGAUUCUCAAGCGGAAGCUGUCGAAGACUUUUUCCGAUUACUGCUGGAAUGUAUCGAUGUCUGCCCCAUACUAGUCAUGUCAUCAACAGCACUCCCAACCUUACUCGGUCUAGCACAAGGAUGUUUUGGCCUGACACAACCAGAUCCCCUUCUCUCAGUCCUCCGGUUUAUACGAGACCUGCUCUCAAUGGCGUCAGCACGAUAUCAUGCACAUCGUCUGCCACUCACAUACGCAAAAGGAAUAACAGAAAUGGCUCGCCAACACGGAAAACAACUUGUAGAACAAGUAUGGCGGGGCAUCUUAUUCGACUGGCCACGUACAUCUGUAUCAGAAGGUGGCAGUAUACUCAAAGUAUUGGGUGAUGUCGUACCAGAUAGUAUAGCAUGGACUCGUACUGUUAUUGAAAGUCUGCCGGAUGUAGGGACGGUUGCUGGUCGUGGUGCAUUGAAUGGGGAUGUAUUCAUGACCAAGUUUCAGGGUGCCGUCAAUGAUGAGGAAUGGUCGCCGUUGAAACGAGUGGUGCAAGAUUUCGCUACUGCGUACCGUAGAAGGAAUUUGAUUGAUGCUAGAUCGCAUCGUCAAAGGUGA